AUGGAUUCCAAUCGUGUAUCACCGGAUGCGCCCCAUAAUAUGGAAGAAGUAUCUGGUCCUAAGCAGAACCUUUUGUUCAGUGAACAAUCAAUACGAUCUCGAUUUGUGGCUAAAGUGUUCAUCUUAGUAACUAUUAUGUUUGGUAUAGUCACUAUAAUGUGUGCAAUGCCGUUCAUUAUUCCAUCCUUCAAAGAAUGGGUGCAGAGCAAUUUAGUUUUCUUCUAUGUUUCAAUUGGCGUGUUCUUCGUUACAUCACUGGUUCUACUAUGUAGCACAUCAGUACGACGUUCUUAUCCGUUAAAUCUUAUCGCUCUUGCCGUAUUUACGUUAGCCGCUGGAUACAUGACAAUGGCGACAACGUCCGCAUAUGAUGUGCAGUCUGUAUUGUUGGCGCUUUGUAUAACAACGGGUACAAGCGCUGCGAUAAUUAUCUUUGCCAUGUUCAUUAAAAAAGAUCUCACAACAUGUGUUGGAAUCGCUUACGUACUUGGCACUACGAUGAUGUUUUUCGGUCUCACAGCGAUAAUCGCUUGCUUUGCCUUCCAAGUAACGUUCCUUUACACUGUCUACGCUGUAUUAGGAGCGUUACUGUCAAUGCUGUAUCUGGCAAUCGAUAUACAGCUAAUUAUGGGAGGACGUCGAUUGGAGCUGUCUCCAGAAGAAUAUAUAUUUGCUGCAAUGCAAAUAUUCUUAGAUAUUUUGAACAUAUUUUUGUUUAUUUUGCAAAUUUUCGGGAAAAACUAA